AUGGACAAUUGGUCGGAGAAAGGCCGGCCAGCUGUGCACGAAGCUCUCAACCAUGUAUGGGAAACUAUUGACCGCGAGCUCCAAGACGCUCUGGAGAAGGAGAACAGGAAUUUGCGAGCUCAACUAGCAGCCAUUCCUUCCAGCCCUCCUACGACUAAUUCGAGCACUCCAAUCGAGAAUGAGACCUUAGUAGGCAGACAUGCCUCCACUUCGAGUAUCGCGAUCACCCAACCAGUUGCAACCUCUUCGACAACGAAGACAUCUCCCGCUGGCACCACACCCGAAAGCACUGAACUUGUCAAGUUCAAAAUGAGAUUCAACGCACUCGCAGACAAUUUCAAAAAGGCAAAAGAGUUUCUCCGAAAGAGGAAAGACGAGCGUGAUUGGUGGAUGGAGCGGGCAAAGACGUUGGAAAGACAAGCUAGGGCUGCCGAGGCGAAGCACGGUAUACGAAUUCUUGAGCUAGAAGAAGCCGAUAAUCUUCAUGCGCCAAGCAGAACAGGCGUCUCUUUUGAUGGCCUAGCUUCUGGACUUGAAACAAUGCCACCGCCGGCUGUCCUGGCAACAUCUGAUAGCGACCACAAUGCCAAUGUAGAGGAUGCACAGCUGCAAUCUACUCAAGGCGAUCCUGACGAGGCAGACUCUGAUGAUUUACCUCCCCUGCCAAAAAAUGACCAAGACCUUGAUCCGAUUGUCAUCAAGCCAGAGCCAUCUUCCGAUCUUCCAGUAGUGGUGUCUGAGAGAGCGCUGAAGAGGAGAAGAGUCGAAGAUGGUGGGCAUACAGUUGCAACAACCCCGAGAAUCAAGGCCGAACCGAACGAUUCCAGUCCUAUUGCUGCCUCGGAACAUUACCAGUUCAACGUCCAGGAAAGCAUUGACCUCGAUGACAUAGCGCAGAGGAUAACAACCCCUCGAAAGCGCAAAGACUUGGAAGUUUUGGCUGCCGAGGACGCAAAUGAAACAACAUUCCCGGCUUCUCGUACACCCGCAAGCCUUGGCUAUGUACGAUCAGACGGAGUGAAGCAGUCGGUUAAGGAUGCCCGUGGUGCAUCUGUGCUCACUCCUAUAAGCGGCAAUAAAAGAACCACCACGUGGACUGCUGAUGCAGAAAAAGCUCCCCUAAAGGAUACAUUAGCCCAUGGAAUUUCAGUUUUGGCAGAAGAUGGCACUCCCUACGGAAAGCAUAGAGCUGAGAAGAGCUCAAAAGCCAUGCCUACGCCGAAUUCAAUUGUCAAAGGCCGGCUGGAUACGCUGCUAAACACUUCAACUCCCGAGAAUACAGCCAUGAUCUCAAGAACUCCUCAAGCUCGCCAGCCAGGGCGCGGUUCGGUUGAAGACACACCUCUUGAUCUUCUUUUCCCCGAGCCCCGGGAGCUGCCUUUUGACAAAGCUAGGGGGUUCGCUUCUGGUCUUCGUCAUAAGCCCCUGUCUGAACUUCGGCUUGAUGAUUUCAAGGUCAACCCCUCGUCAAAUGAGGGGCACGAUUUUGCUUAUUCCGAAGUUGUCAGAGACAAGGAUGACAGAGCAGCCCUACGAGGUUGCACAGAUAUGCAUUGCUGUGGGAAGCAUUUUAGGGCAUUGGCUCUAUCACAACGACCAAAUCCGCCGCUGACGGCAGCACAGAGGCAAGAAGAGCAAAAGCUGCUGGAGGACUACUUGGGUGAAUUUGCCUAUCGACUGGCUUCCAUGACGAAAGAUGAAAGGGCCGAAGUUUGGAUUGAAGCCAAGACAGAAGAGCUGGCAAACAAAUACGGCAGACACAGACAUCGCUUCUCUCGCAUGCAGUCUCCGCCCGGGUUUUGGAAUGCCGAUUUUCCAGACACUCAAGAGCUGGCGGCCGACAAAGAAGAAGCCUUGAAACGAGAGAAGCGUGCAAUUGCAGAGAGGUAUAGAGAAGCAAUGCGCCCCGGUGGCAUGUGGUUGUUUAGAGACGAAUAG